GUACCAAAUUUCAGUAAGACAAUUUAGCCAUUAACCGUUCGAUUAUGUUGAAUUCUGUGUGCGAACUGAGCCCGAAAUGUUAUGUUUGUCUCGUCACCCCCGUCGCCUAGCCCACUGACACCUUGCUCAUCCACGUAUAGAUGAUAUAGACGCGAAUUGGCCCGAACCAGAAGUCUGAACCCAAAAACUCCGUUAGUCCUUUGUUGAUGGUAAUCGUGCAUUUGAGGCGAGAAAUCGAAAUCGUUAGCAUUCCGUAGAGGCAUUCGAGGCACGGAGCGAGCAUGUUCAGUAUAAGCGAGCUCUGUUGCAUGUUUUGCUGCCCCCCGUGUCCGGGUCCCAUUGCGGCCAAGUUGGCCUUCCAGCCGCCGGAGCCCACGUACAAAUUGACCCCGGCGGACGACACCAACAUCCGGUACAACCUGCAGUUGUUCGACCGCGCCGAAUGGCAGUACUCCGAACGUGAGAAAUCGAAAGUGGAGGCCUUCUUUACGCGCACCUCGCGUGGCAACCUGAUCACCUGCAUCUAUGUCAGGUGCAGCAAGAAUGCCAAGUACACGCUGCUCUUCUCCCACGGGAAUGCAGUGGAUUUGGGCCAGAUGAGCAGCUUCUAUCUGACCCUGGGCUCCCAGAUCAACUGUAAUAUCUUUGGGUACGACUACUCCGGGUACGGAAUGAGUGGCGGCAAGCCCUCCGAGAAGAAUCUGUACGCGGACAUAGAGGCAGCCUGGCAGGCGAUGAGAACCAGAUUCAACAUCAGCCCGGAGACAAUCAUCUUGUAUGGGCAGAGCAUUGGCACUGUGCCCACUGUGGACCUGGCCUCGCGUCACGAGGUCGGCGCUGUGAUACUCCAUUCGCCGCUGAUGUCCGGCCUUAGGGUCGUCUUUAGGAACACAAAGAGAACCUGGUUCUUUGACGCCUUUCCCAGCAUUGAUAAAGUGGCGAAGGUGAAGGCUCCAGUUCUGGUUAUCCACGGCACAGAUGAUGAGGUCAUUGACUUUUCCCAUGGCAUCGGAAUCUACGAGCGGUGUCCUAAGACUGUCGAGCCGUUUUGGGUGGAGGGUGCUGGACAUAAUGAUGUGGAACUGCAUCCGCAUUAUUACGAGCGACUACGCAAAUUUCUUUCGGUGGAACUCGUCAAAUGACAAUUAAAGAAUAAUGUGGACGGAGGCGUUAGCGACACUACAUCGGGCGUAAUAUCUAAUUCAAACCCUGCCGCCGGUAGUGCGACCCUAAGUUCAAAGCACCCGAAUCCUGCCCCUGCGGCAGGAAGCGAAACAAGUAAAAAGAAUGUGGAAACAAAUGUCAAACGGAUUGAAAACGAUGGUUUGUAAUUAACUAUAAGUAUUGAAAUGUAAUUAUUUAUCCAGCCGCAUCAAUACAUUCGAGAAUUGCAUUUUUAAAAAGAUUAUAAUUAACUAGUUGUCAGGAGACUUGCACCAAGAUCCCCAUUCUUACAGCAUUGUGAUCCUGGUCCCCGUAUUAAUUGAAUAAGCGUAGGUCAUAUCAUCUUAUACUUAACCAUAUUGGUAGAAAAAUCAAACAAUAACCGCAUUAAGUUCUAAAACGAUCUAUUAGCAAUAUGCUACAGUAAUAUGGUUUUAAUAUUUAAGUACAAGAAGUUUGAAUAAAGUAAUUUUUUGAUACUUUGAAA